UUGACAUUUGACAUAACACUGACGUCACUGACAUUUAUAUUAUGCCAAUACCGUGUCCGUGCAAAUCCUUCCUCAGGUCCUAAAAUUCGGCCCUAAAAGCUCGCGUAACUGCAAUGUUGCCGUUACCACGAACAAUGUAAUAUAAAACCCACGUUUGACUAGUUUUACGCGUCACGACAGCACAACUUCGUAACUGUGAUGUUGACGAGGAAGGCCGGAUGAAAGCGAAUUAAUUUGGAAGGCGUCCGUCAACUCGAAGCAAAAUAGGUAAACGUAAAAGAAAAUUUAGCACCCGAGCCACCAUGACCCGACCCCCAAACGAACAAACGCCCACCGUCAAACUCGUCGUCGUCGGAGACGGCGGCGUCGGAAAAAGCGCAAUCACGAUACAGUUUUUCCAGAGACUGUUUGUCACAGACUAUGACCCUACAAUCGAAGAUAGCUACCUGCAACAUGUGGAAGUAGACGGGCAGUGCUGUAUUUUAGAUGUUUUGGACACAGCCGGACAAGAGGAAUUUAGCGCGAUGCGGGAGCAGUACAUGCGGAAAGGGGACGGUUUUCUGUUGGUUUAUUCUGUGACAGACAAAAACAGCUAUGAAAACAUAGUAAACUUUCACACUCAGAUACUCAGAGUCAAAGAUAGAGACACUUAUCCCAUGCUACUGGUUGCUAAUAAGGUGGAUCUUGUCCAUCUGCGCAAAAUCACGGAAGAACAAGGCCGGGAGCUUGCUCACAAGUUGGGAAUACCUUACAUCGAGACAAGUGCUAAAGAUCCUCCAGUCAAUAUUGAUGCAACUUUUCACGAGGUGGUGCGAAUCAUCCGAAAUCAGCCGCAGCCCGACGACGACAAACAGAAAAAGAAAAAGCUUGCAAAACUUGGAAAGUGCGUCAUCAUUUAAAAUUAAUUUUUUAUGUAUGUUACUGGCCUAUACACUGUAUAUUACAGCUUUAAAAUCAAGUGUUCAAUGUAAUGCAUAUAAUGUAAUUUUACACGAGAGUAUGGAAAGCGCAUGUGGUGCUGUUCCACGUUCUUUGUGAAUAUGUGCGUAUACAUAAUUUUAUUUUAAAACAAAGUAGGAUAAGUUUAAUCUUUGUUAUGAAAGUAAUAUUUUCAAAGGACCAAAACUGCUCAUUUUCUUAAAUUGCUCUCAAUUCACGACCUAAAAUGGCACUAAAUUGUUUAGUCGUUUUUAAAAACCAAAGGUAAAGACAAUAUUGUGAUAAUUCAAUUUAUGUAGGUUAAGUGUAAGUGUUGAUUUUUUGUCCUAAAAGAACCGCUUUUGUUCUAUCAGUUUUGCUUUUAUAUAUUAACUAACAUAUAAUAUGUAAUGUCUCUGAAUGUAUUUCUAGUUUUCUUUGUGUGUUAACUAUAUUGUAAAUGGACGAUUGUCAAAAACGCGUCACUCAGACGCAACGUAUUAAAUUGAUCUCUAAUUAAACUUGAAGCCAAAAUUUAGUUUUACGUUCUUAAAUUGCGAUUUGAGAAUCGUCCAUGAAUCUUUGUUUGAGUACUUACUACGGGUUGUACGAUCGUCUUGACGAAAUUAUAAAAGCAAAAUUAAACCUAUAAAAUUUUUAUUAGACGUUUGUAAUUUAAAUCACAGCAAAAGUUGGAGCUAGUAACAUGUCAGUGCAAUUGAUUACAGCAACAACUUUUGUGACUAAAUAAAGUUAAAAUAAAUUUGUAUAACGAUAAAUUUGUUGGUUCAUUUCUAGGUUCAAGUCACUAAAUCUGAAUCAUGAGAUGGACAUUCGCAACUGAUGUUACCAAUCUGUGAUGAUAAUGUUUAUUGAAAUUUCAUUUGUUUGUUUUUACUCACUCAAACCGAGUAAUUUAUUGUUCAGUGUAGUAGGACUUAGUACCUAGGUCUCAAUGUUAGCGUGUUAAAGUGUAUUUUAUGUUUGAUUUUUUUACCCAUGACACGUUUACAGGGGUAACUAUGUAAAAAGAGAUAAUACAGCAUUUGAAAUUAAAAUUUUCGUGUCUGAA